GCAUUUUGCACAUUCCACAAGGCAACUGUACAGUUAUUAUUGCAUGUUUUCCCAACACAGCGGUACCUUGCGUUCCAGCAAGCGGCGUUGCGCGGUAUGCGGGACCAAAAAGAUGGCGGUGCGGGCGGACGGGCGUAUGGCAUGCAAGUACGGACACAUGCAGGAGGGCGUGGUAGUUGAGGCAGCUGAGGAUUUUGUUGCAGGGACGCGCAAGCGACAGACGAACGGGGUGCGAUCUAUAGGCAAGUGGAAGCUGCGGCAGCUAAAUCGGCUGUACGGUGACGACACGCGGUUUCUGAUUCUGCAGUCAUACCAGCUGAUCCUGAAGCGGCAGUUGCACGCUCUGGUACACGAUCUGGGGGCGCCCGAAGCGCUAAUCGGUGUGGUGCAGAAUCUAUGGCUCAUGUACGUAUCCAAGAUCGAAAACAUGCGGUUGCCGGUCUACCAGGUGGAGGACGAGGAGCUGGAGGAUGCAAUGGGCGAGGGUGGCCAGGCGGACAAUGACGAGCGGGUAACGGCCGAUUCGCUGUUCCGGCAAUAUACGCAGACGCAGGACGACUCGCUUGAUACAUUUCUGCGCAAUGUCGAUGAGGAUAUCGUGCGAGACGAGGAGGAGAUGGCAGCGUGGGAGGAGCGGCACGGGUGGACGGGGCAUGAGGAAGGCACCCAGAAAGCGGGGCUAGAGAGUGGCUCUGAGAGGAAAGGGUCAGAGUGGCGCACGAAGCGGAGUCUGGGGAAGGGGUAUGAGGGCGAGCUUGAGCAUGGCAUGCACCUGGCGUACCUGCCAGCGAUAAUCAGCCUGGGGUUCGCGUGGCUGCGGUACCCGUUCUCGGUGGGCGACAUGAUCCGGCUGACAAGCGACGAGUCGAUUCCAUAUGGGAACGUGCAUGGGCUGCUUCCGGAGGCGUUCCGGGAGCGCAUGGGAAAGUCUGUUUGCCUAACGUUCGUCUGUGGAUCGGCGCUCGGGCACAAGCAGCUGCGGUCGCUGAUGAUGGCGUUUGAGAACUUCUACGGGCGGCAUUACGGCAUAGAGUUUUCGGCAGUGGAGCCGCCGAUCCUGGUGCUGUCGUUGCUGAAGCGGCUGAACAUCAGCCUGCAGUUCUACCCGGUCGUCAUGCGGAUCGUCGAGGCAGCAAACAUCAAUAUUGCGGCACCCAAGAGGGACCGCACGUUGGCGACUGAGAGGGUGCUGGCAGCGAUUGUUCUUGCGCUGCAGCUGCACUACGGGUUGGACGAGGUGGAGCGUGUGGCGAGCCCAGACACGGCAGAGUUUGCAUGCGGGCUCCCAGCGCUGCAGGAGUUCCUGGACCGGUGGUGUGGGGACUGGGAGCGCGAGGCGGCAGUUAGCGUGUAUCCGGCGCUGGCCACGCUGGAUGAGGAGCGGCUGGAGGCGUACAUUGAGUAUUCGCGGCGCAUGUCGACUCGGGCGGCGGUAUCGAUAACGGACGUAAAGUACCGCGAGCUGGGGCGCAAAUACCAGCACUUGCUGGACACCUUGGGGGUUGGCAGUGCUGCCGGACGGGAGACGGCAGUAGCAGAUGAGCAGAUGGCGGAGCUGGAGAAGCGGCUGACGCCGAUCCGCAUGCCUUGCACUGGCACGGGCCACAGCGGCACCCGCAUGCGGCAGUUCGGCGGACUGGCGCAGCCGCUGGAGAGCCGGGCGGGGCUGGAGAGCGGGCAGCUGAUUGCCUGGUACCCCUAUCCGCUGCAGCCCGGGUACGCGGUAGCGGUGCUGGGGCUGGUAAUAGGGCGGUGCGCGAUGCUGGCGGGGGUCAGCCAGAGCCGAAUGCUGGCUCUGGUGAGCAUGUGCAGCAGGGAGCUGUUUGACGACGAGCUCACAGAGGACUUGGUGGGAGCAAGGAAAGCAAAGGGCUACAUUAGGACUUUUCACCAAGAAUAACUAGCACUGGCCUUCCUCCUUGGGCGCCAUGGCGCGCGACUCCUCCUCGGUGACCCACAGCAUCUUGCUGAUAUUGGGCGACUCCUGGAACACCAUGGUGUCUUCGCCGACGCGGCGGAUCUUGCCGUAGCGCGUGGUGGUGAGCUGCAGGAAGCCCUUGAAGAGCUUGGCCUCGGCGCCCUCCAGGCGCAGGAUGUCGCCGUUGCGGAUGUGCUUGCCGUCGUCGCCCCAGAUGUUCAUCAUUACGCUGGCGGUGCGGUCGGCCACGAUGAAGGAGUGGAUGGUCUGGCCGUCGCG